GGGAGGGGACGGUUCCACUUUUCCGCUACCAAACGUCACCUUCUUCCCACCUUCCUUCUUCCAUCCCUUCCCCACGCCGACGCCGCCGACGCGCCUCCUCCGCUCCGCUCCGGUCUACAUAUACCAGCGCCCUCGCCGUCCCCCAUUUCCCUCCUCCCCAACCCGCCAUUUCCCCUCCUCCCCGAGCGUCCUGCCUCUGCCGUCUCCGCGGAGUGCCAUCUUCUCCGCUCCCUCCGCGCAGUCCAACCAAUCUUUCUGAUCGGCCGGUCGAAAUGGGCCACGAGGGCACCAAGUACGGCGAGGACGGCCGCCCCACCUGCGACUGCCUCCUCUUCGACCUUGAUGACACGCUCUACCCGGUGGCCUCCGGCAUCGGCCUGGACGUCAUGAAGAACAUCCAAGAAUACAUGGUCGAGAAGCUCGGCAUCGACAAGAGCGUCAGCCACGAGCUCUGCAUCCUGCUGUACAAGCAGUACGGAACCACCAUGGCCGGUCUGCGGGCUGUUGGGUACCAAUUUGACUACGAUGAUUUCCACGGCUUUGUUCAUGGCAGGCUGGCCUACGAGAAGCUCAAGCCUGACCCAGUACUCAGGAACAUCCUCCUGAGCUUACCAAUCCGCAAACUCGUGUUCACGAAUGGUGACAGGCUGCAUGCUUCGAGGGCCAUGAAGAGGCUUGGGAUCGAGGACUGCUUUGAGGGGGUUCUGUGCUUUGAGACAUUGAACCCGCCAUCGCCCACUCCUGUGCCAUCCAACAAAGUCGAGAUCUUCGAUAUAGUGAAGCACCUGGCUCAUCCAGAGCCUGGGGUUGAGCUGCCAAGGUCACCAAUCCUGUGCAAACCAAACAUAGAUGCAAUGCUGCAUGCCCUCAAGCUUGCCGACAUCAAUCCUCAGACUACUAUAUUUUUCGAUGACAGCGUCAGGAACAUCCAAGCUGGGAAGCAGAUCGGAAUGCACACUGUCCUGGUUGGAACUUCUGAAAGGAUUAAAGGUGCUGACCAUGCCUUGGAGAGCCUUCACAACAUGAAGGAAGCAUUUCCGGAACUGUGGGUGGAGGCUGUGAAGGAUGAGGAUGUCAGGAACUCGAGCAAAGUUGGAAUCGAGACAUCAGUGAUCGCGUAAAAUCCUCGUGAACUGACUCAAGUCUUCUUGGGUGAAUGGGCACAUGAGAGGAGCAGAGUCAUUAUCAGAGGCAAUCUAUGUAUGCACGAUCUGUUUGUCUGACAGUAGAUGUACUGAUUAGAACAAGAGAGUUGUUGUAAUCGUUAAGGGGAAGUGAUGUCACUUUCCUUUAUGUUUUAUUUUCGCCUGUAAUAAGAAAUAAAUGUCCUGGA